AUGUCCAACCUUCCCUCCGAGCCUGAGUUCGAACAGGCGUACAAGGAGCUUGUCUCAACCUUGGAAAACUCCACUCUGUUCGAAAAGAACCCAGAGUACAGAAAGGCGCUCGAGAUCAGCGCCAUCCCAGAACGAAUCAUCCAAUUCCGCGUCGUGUGGGAAGAUGACAAGGGCCAAGUCCAGGUCAACCGUGGAUAUCGCGUCCAGUUCAACUCCGCCCUCGGCCCCUACAAAGGCGGUCUUCGAUUCCACCCCACCGUGAAUCUGUCCAUCUUGAAAUUUCUGGGCUUUGAGCAGAUCUUCAAGAAUGCUCUCACCGGUUUGAACAUGGGCGGCGGCAAAGGUGGCGCCGAUUUCGACCCCAAGGGCAAGUCAGACAACGAAAUCCGGAAAUUCUGCUGUUCUUUCAUGAGUGAGCUCGGGAAGCAUAUUGGUGCCGAUACCGAUGUCCCAGCCGGUGACAUUGGUGUGUCUGGGAGAGAGAUCGGUUACCUCUUCGGCCAAUACAAGAAGCAGACCAAACUGUGGGAAGGAGUAUUGACCGGGAAAGGAGGAAGCUGGGGCGGCUCUCUCAUCCGACCAGAAGCCACGGGAUACGGCCUUGUAUACUACGUUGCCCACAUGAUCAACUAUGCCACCGGCGGCAAAGAGUCCUUCGCCGGGAAGAGGGUCGCCAUCUCUGGAUCUGGAAACGUUGCUCAAUACGCUGCCCUCAAGGUCAUCGAGCUCGGCGGCACCGUCCUGUCUCUUAGCGAUAGCAAGGGUGCCAUCAUUGCCGCCACUGACAAGGGUAUCGACGCUGAGUUGAUUGCCACCAUUGCACAGUUGAAGGUUGAGCGAAAACAAUUAGCUGAGUUGGCAAGCACCUCCGAAUUCAGCAGCAAGGCGAAAUACAUUCCCGGAGCGCGACCGUGGCUGCACGUUGGUGCCGUCGAUAUCGCCCUUCCUGGCGCCACUCAAAACGAAGUUUCCCGCGAAGAAGCUGAAGGGUUGAUCAAGGCUGGUGCCAAGUUUAUCGCCGAAGGUAGCAACAUGGGUUGCACCCUAGAGGCGAUCGAGGUGUUCGAGAACGACAGGAGGACCAAGAAGGACAAGGCUAUCUGGUAUGCCCCCGGCAAGGCCUCGAACGCUGGCGGUGUUGCCGUCUCCGGACUCGAGAUGGCUCAGAACUCGGCACGCAUUAAGUGGACAUCCGAAGAAGUCGACUCCAAGUUGAAGGAUAUCAUGAAGAACUGCUUCGAGAGCGGCCUACAGACCGCAUUGACCUAUGUCACUCCGGCCGAGGGCGAGUAUCCCAGCUUGGUGGCCGGCAGCAACAUUGCAGGCUUCAGCAAGGUCGCGGCGGCGAUGAAGGAACAGGGCGACUGGUGGUAA